AAUUUCAUGCAGAAUGACCACAUACCCAACCGGGGGGAAUAGAAAGAAGAAACUCAUGGUUUGAAAAUAUUAGCGACGUACAAAAAUCCGCAGUAUCCACACCACAGCGUUGGUUCGAUUACGACAACUCGUAGCGCAAUGCGAACAAGGUGAUACCGCCCUAUUACGCCUUGUUGAUCAGAUCCGUCAGCUCGAUGUGAUUUCACAAGGAAGCACACUAGCACCACCUAAUCAUCGCCACCACCCAUCCAAUAACAUCAACACAGCAACAACGAACAGUGCUCCGUCCUCAUCUUCUUCGAGAAUGGCAUCAGAUAUGCGACGCGCGACGUGUCAUAUUUUGCAUUCACAAUUUCGAAAAGUCUCAGACGCAUUAAGCAAUCUUGAACCCCUAUCGCACGGAGGGAACUUAUCCCGUUUUCGCGACAUGUACAACAUUAACGUUAUAUCACAACAGCAGCAACAAUUCUUGGUGUUUGAUGAUCGCAUGCUUAAGGCUGCCAUGGAAAACACGGAUGAAUUGGAACACCUGAUGCAUACGAUCCACUGGAAACGUCGCGAGUGCGUGAUCCAUUUGUUGGCACUGGAUGUCAUGACAUUGGGUCAUGAUUCGGAGCGGAUGGAUUAUGAACAGAAUUGGGAGUCGGUUAUUGAAGUCAUAUCUGAGCUUGCUGCUGAUUAUCGACGCCACACGCCGUUGCUUCAUGAGCAUUUGACUUCAUCUUCUUAUGAACGCAAGAUUCCGGGAACAGCAGAUCAGCGCUCACAAGCCCUGUUACACUACUACACUGUCCUUGAAAAGCACGUGCGAGGUAUACAAUCGAAGCUUCUGCUGUGUCGACAAGACGCCAAGGCGAUUUCUACAAGUCGAGCGGCGGCAGCUUAUUCGGUUGAACGGAUAGGUGAACGGUUCGGAGCAAUAGACCACGAUUUGACGCUCAUGCUAGCGCAAUGGGAAGACGCCAAGGACGCGUUUUCAAUCAUUGUCGCCACUAGUGGCAGGAGCGGUAGCAGUGAAUUGAAUGAAUUGAGUGAGGAUUUAGCACAAAUAUUACCCUCACCACCAUCCUCACCUAAAAAAGCGGAUUCGUCAUCAUCGGUGGUGUCAUCAUCUUCCGCGGGUGCGUCGGCUUCCUCCGCGAGACGGACGGCGCACUUUCGGAAAUCAAUGAUGACAGCUGCAGCGGUUUCUGGUUUUCUAGAAAACAAACGAGCAUCAAGGCAGCAACGGACUCGAGCACAGAUGUCAAGAUACUCGCUGCUAUCGUCACCGUCUACCGAAACCUUAUAAUCCUUUCCUCAUCAACAUCACGCAUCAUCAUAGUUAUCCAUCCCAUCACAAUAACAUCAUUGCUCCGUCCUCGUGAAUACGUCUCCACUUUUCUUACUUCCGCUUAACUCCCCUCAUUCCAUCCAUUCUACAUUCUUCUAAUCUAUCUAUCUCCGUGUGUAAUAUUCUUUUUCUCACCAUUUUUCUUCC